GUGCUUUGUCUGCUAUUAAGCAGAUAUCUUUUCUUCCCUGCUUUUUUCCUUGCGACUGGUGGUCCCCCACACUCCGAUAGCACAAACGCUUUCUCUUUAUCGGCCCCUCUUGCUCAGUAUACAAGCUGGUGGUACUCUAAACUCGGGGAUUAAUACAACAGUCAUCUUUGUCGCACCCCUCAAAAUUGAAUACAAUGUCAUCGUCCGUUCAUUUCAAGUUCAAGUCCCAGAAAGAACCCUCACGGGUCACCUUCGAUGGCACUGGUAUUUCGGUCUUUGAACUCAAAAGAGAGAUUAUCAGCCAAAGUAGAUUGGGUGACGGAAGUGACUUUGAGCUGUCAAUUUACAACGAGGACACCAGAGAGGAAUAUGAUGACGACACGACAAUCAUCCCUCGGUCCACAUCGGUGAUUGCUCGCAGACUACCUGCAGCACGCCCUGGUAAGGGCGGUGCUGCUCGUUAUGUCUCCGGAAAGAUGCCAGUCAAUGCUCGCAGUGCCCCCCGCAACGAACCUUCGACAAACAGAGCGACACCUGGGAUGGGACAAUCCGUGAACAACAAUGUCUUGGAACUCAAUAAUGCUCAAACCGAAGAAGAGAAGAUCAAUGCGCUUUUCAAUUUACAAGCUAGUCAAUGGCAGGAACAACAGCAGGAAAUGGCCAACGCGACACCCGUAUUCGGCCGUGGCAGAGGCAAGCCUGUCAACGUACCAGACCACCCUCCUCCGCCGGGGUAUCUUUGCUACCGUUGCAGAGAGAAAGGUCAUUGGAUCCAAGCGUGCCCGACCAACAACGAUCCGAAAUUCGACGGUAAAUACCGAGUCAAGCGAUCAACCGGCAUCCCACGUUCACUCCAAACCAAAGUUGAGAAACCGGAAUCUCUGGCCCCUGAUGGCUCCACCGAAGAUGCGAGGAAUACAGGGGUGAUGGUGAAUGCUGAUGGUGACUUUGUGAUUGCAAAACCGGAUAAGGCAGCCUGGGAGUUGUAUCAAGAAAAGGCCAAGGCCUCGGCGGCGGCGGCAGCUGAGGCAGCAGCAGUCGAGGAGAGCAAGGCUUUGCAAGCUCGUGGCCUGGAAUGCCCAAUUGACAAGAGAAUGUUCUUAGAGCCAACAAAGACCCCAUGUUGUCAAAGAACAUAUUGCAAUGACUGUAUCUCAAAUGCCUUGAUUGAAAGUGACUUUGUUUGCCCUGGUUGUUCCACGGAAGGGGUCUUACUUGACAACCUCACCCCGGAUGAUGAAUCUGCAUCCAAAAUUAAGAUCUAUGAAGCAGAGAAGGCUGAUGCAAAGAAGGAGAAGGAAAAACUUCCUGCAGGCCCAGAUGGAACCCCUCUCUCAGAGGCAGCCACAACCGAAUCCAAGGCCCCUUCAGUCGACAAAGAGCAAAGCCCACCCAAUCAAGCCCAAGACCCUGCAUACACCCAGUCAAAGAAGAGACCAGCGGAGGAUGAACCCACUAAUGCUGCUGAAACGGCACUUUCUGAGCCGGGUAAUGCUGCUAAGAAACAAAAGGCCGAAGAUCACCAAUCAGAUGCCCAAGGUCCGGAUAAUAGCAACAAAGAGGGCGUGGCAGGUGUUCCUCCUGCCCCUUUCAACCAAGAGAUGCCCUUCAACGGCUUUGGACCAAUGGCAGGCAUGCCGAUGAUGCCAUUAUCCGGUCCAGGAUUUGGAGCCGAUGCCAUGGGAUUCAUGAACCCGAUGGCGAUGGCGUCCGCUACUGGCUUUCCAAACGGCAUGGGUCCCGGUUGGAACCCAAUGAACAUGCAAUUCAAUCCCAGUAUGUUCGGCGACCAGAACAAUGGUGGAAUGCCCAACGGGUUUCCCAAUAUGUUCAACGGAGAUCCCUCAUUGUCUAUGUUCCCCAUGGGCCAGAACGGAUUUCAAGGGCCAGGUCCUGGCAUGAACAAUUUCUCCAACCAGCAACGGACAGCUUUUAGUACUCCGUACUCCAGAGAAGAGGACUCACCGUAUUUCCGUCAGCCUGUGAAUCCGCAACGUCACCAAGCUAGAAACCGGAGAGUUCGGCCUAGUGAUUACCGGGAGCUUUAGAGUGUUGCCGACUACGACUUGUCACUUGGCGUUGUGGCCUUCGCUGGUGCACUGUGUAUAUGCAUAUUUAGAGCGGCCUCAUUUUUUCUUCAUUUCUGUCCCUUCAUUUCUUUUCUUUACGUGUCAUUCUGGAGGCGUUCUUUCAUUUCCUGGCAUUUGUAUCUCCCCUCCAUACUUUCUGUGUAUGCGAUGACUUUAGGGUAGAGAUGACGGACAACUGGAGUGUGUACUUUAACAUAGUUUCAAUACAAUUUUAACAAUAAAUGCCCAUUGCAAAUUAUUAUUAACCACAGAAAUACCACAAGGCAACCAGAGACUUGUACUCUGAGAGUCUGGUGCCAAAUGUAGAGAUAUCGGGUGUUAUGGAGAUCAUAUGUAUGAGG